AUGGAAGAAAUGGCAUCAGUUCCAAUGGAGAGAACAAGUAAGAUUAUGAGAAGAUCAAUCCACACAUACUUGAAAAACUAUCAAUACUUCACUUCCACUACAUCUCUACUCAUAUUUCCCGUUUCCGUCGCUGUUCUCAUCUCUCAAGCCAUCAUUCCUUCAUCUUUGUUCCUUCUUCCAACCCUUUACACUCGGUUUCAGGCCAUCUUUUAUGCGGCCGGGUUCCCGGAGUCGUUGCAGUUUUUCUCAAUUCUCAAUCUUAAACUCUCUCAGACAAUUUGUUCUUCGAUAUUCACUCUACCCUUCACUCUUUCAUUUCUUCUCCUUGCAAAAUCAUCCAUAAUUAGAGCUCUUCAUCGUCAGAACACAUCGUCUCUUCCACCUACCUCCUCUUCUAUUUUCUCUCUUUGUUACCCUCUCUUAAUAACCCAUCUCUGCAAUUCAUUUAUGAUUUUCGCAGCCAAUGCUUCUGCAUUAGCUUUGUUAUUUCUCACCUUCAAUGUGAUUGACGCUUUUGGUUAUACCUCCACAAACUAUCUUCUCUUCUUCUCUGCAGUUGGAGCUGUUGUCUAUUCAGUUAUCCUUGCAAACACUAUUAUCACCUGCAACGUAGCUUCAAUAGUGUCUGGCAUGGAGAAUUGCAGUGGGUAUUUAGCUUUUCUUAAAGCUUCUAUUUUGAUGAGGGGAAGGCAUUCAACUGCUCUUUUGUUGGCUCUUCCUUUCAAUUUGGGUUUAGCUGCAAUUGAAGCUUUGUUUCAGUACAGAGUGGUCAGCCUUUUUCUUAGUUCAGGAGAGUUCACUUCUUUAAUGGCUCUUGAAGGAUUAGUGAUAGCUUACUUGUAUUCCAUCCUCAUCCUCCUUGACACAAUUACAUCCUGGGAAUUCUUCAAUAGCUGCAAGUCUCGAAUGGAAACAGUAGAUAAGUACUAUUACCUGGUUCAGCUUCUACCGGAGGAAGAUGAGGAGGGUGGUGCCUUCACUUGUGCAAAGAAUUUAGACUACCUCCCAUGA